AUGAUAUCUAGCUUCGCAGAGCAACAGCUGGCCAAGUAUGGCUGGAAACAGGGUGAGGGCCUGGGCAAAGAAAAGACAGGUAUCAAGCGUGCUAUCACCGUCUCACGGCGCACCGACAACCGCGGUAUUGGAUCGGACGCCAGCCAAUGGACCAGCAACUGGUGGGACCAUCUCUACAACAAAGCCAGCGGCACCAGUACCCCGCAGCCCGAAGAGGACCCCGAAUAUGCAGCCAAGGUUGCCGAAGCUGCCGCUCAGCCCGACACACUAUCCGAGUACAAGGGCAUGUUUGUGAAAUCGGCGACCGAUACACCGGUGGGCCAGUCGGGGGCCAGCACACCCAAGGCGCAGGGCGGGCCUGUGGACCGGACACUGCUGGUGCGGGAUGGCGACGUGCAUUUGGGUGUGACUAUUAGCGACGCAGAGCUGUUUGCGGCGUGUGAGGGGCGGAUGGCGAGGAAAGGGGCCCGGGCGGAGCAGAAUGGCAAACUGGCGAGGGUCAACGGCGACGGGAUGCCUCGGCCAGAAGUUGCAGCCAUGAUUGAGGCAGCAUUGCGUGGAGAGGCGCAGAGCCAGAUCAUGACACAGUCGAAGCGGAAGCGUGAUACGAGCGAGAGUGAGGGAAAGAAGAAAAAGGACAAGAAACACAAGAAGGAAAAAAAAUCCAAGGACAAGAAACAUAAGGACAAGGAGUCCAAGGGCAAGAAACAUAAGAAGGAAAAGAAGUCCAAGAAGGACAAGUCAGAAAAGAAGAGCAAGAGCAAGUCGCUAUGAUAGUCCAUCUUUGUAAUUAGCAGACUUUGAACCCAUCCAUAUGCCGUCUGUAUAAUACACACCAUGCGUACCGGU